CCCUCCGGCUUCUCCUUCUCCUGCCCCCGGCAGCUCAAAGUGCCCCCUUACUUGGGCUAUCGGUUCCUGGGGGAGCGGGACUGCGGGGCCCCCUGUGAGCCAGCCCGGCCCAACGGGCUUAUGUACUUCAAGGAAGCGGAGGUACGAUUUGCUCGGCUGUGGGUGGGAGUGUGGUCUGUGCUCUGCUGCGCUUCCACCCUCUUCACAGUGCUCACCUACCUGGUGGACAUGCGCCGUUUCAGCUACCCAGAGCGGCCCAUCAUCUUCCUCUCGGGCUGCUACUUCAUGGUGGCAGUGGCCUACGCAGCAGGUUUCUUGCUGGAGGAGCGAGUGGUAUGUCUAGAGCGAUUCUCUGCGGAUGGCUACCGAACCCGGGCCCCACGCACCGUGGCCCAAGGCACCAAGAAAGAAGGCUGCACCAUCCUCUUCAUGAUUCUCUACUUCUUUGGCAUGGCCAGCUCCAUCUGGUGGGUCAUCCUGUCCCUCACCUGGUUCCUGGCUGCUGGCAUGAAGUGGGGCCAUGAGGCCAUCGAGGCCAACUCUCAGUAUUUCCACCUGGCUGCCUGGGCUGUGCCUGCUGUCAAGACCAUCACCAUCUUGGCCAUGGGGCAGGUGGAUGGGGACGUACUCAGUGGGGUGUGUUACGUAGGUAUCUACAGCGUGGACUCUCUGCGGGGCUUUGUGCUUGCACCCUUAUUUGUGUACCUCUUCAUUGGCACUUCCUUCUUGCUUGCUGGCUUUGUGUCCUUGUUUCGUAUCCGCACCAUCAUGAAGCAUGAUGGCACCAAGACUGAGAAACUGGAGAAGUUGAUGGUGCGUAUUGGUGUCUUCAGCGUCCUCUACACAGUGCCUGCCACCAUCGUCCUGGCAUGUUACUUCUAUGAGCAGGCCUUCCGUGGCACCUGGGAGAAAACGUGGCUCCUCCAGACCUGCAAAACUUAUGCUGUGCCCUGUCCCAGCCACUUUGCCCCUAUGAGCCCAGACUUCACUGUCUUCAUGAUCAAGUACCUCAUGACUAUGAUUGUCGGGAUCACAACUGGCUUCUGGAUCUGGUCUGGCAAAACCCUCCAGUCCUGGCGACGCUUCUACCACAGACUCAGCACUGGCAGCAAAGGCGAGACAGCAGUAUGA